UUUUGAGCCAAGCAACCCAAAACAAGCCUACCACUUCUCCCUCAUCACAGUUACACCCGUGCUCUAUUUGCUAUACUACCACACCACACUCCCCUUGAGUUGUCUCUCACCACACCACCUCACACCACGGCAGCAGUGUGAGUGCGUAGAUCCCAAAGGCAGCGGCGAAAACGGCCACACGCGAUGGAAAAUCUGGCAGUUCUCAAGGAGCUGACGGUCCGCACACCUCAGCACUCCAAGCGCCUUCUCACGCUUAAUUCGUUGGAGAAGUUGGAAAUCAGUAAGUGUGAAAAUAUAACACGGCUGGCGGUGGGGGUGCAUGUGCAACAGCUGGAGCAGGGGCAAGAAGAAGAUGGGUUGCUGCUCAUCCCAGCCCAUCUCUGCGACUCGCUGCAGGAGUUGGUCAUUUACAAAUGCCCAAAUCUAGUUUUGAUGGACCCAUUGAGUUUUCUUCCGGCCGAUGGAGAAGGGUUCCAAGCCCUGCGGUUCCUCCAGAGGUUAAAAAUUUCAGAAUGCCCCAACUUGUUAUCCCCCGGCUCGUUUUCCCGGUAUCUUUUCCCGUCCUCUCUGCAGAAACUCUUUCUUCACGGUGUGGAAGGCAUGGGGACACUGGAGCCCCUCUCAAACCUCACCUCUCUCAUGCGAUUAGAAUUGUGGAGUUGUGGAGAGAAUUUAAGAUGCACGGGACUGGGGCCUCUCCUUACCACCACGGGACAACUCAGAAAAUUAAGAGUCCAUGGCAGCCCUAGAUUCUUUGCUGGAUGGGAUCCCCGUCCCGCGCAGAUACCGCGGGAUGUUUCCUCCUCGAGUUUAUCCAAACUGCAGAAACUCCUGACGGAUGAGGCCGCAGACCUCCUUGUUGAGCCCAUUUGCACGUUCCUGUCCUCCUCUCUAAUCGAGCUGCGCUUUUAUCAGAACCAGAACAUCGAGGGAUUCACCACGCAGCAAGAGGACGCCCUUAGCCUCCUUAACGGCCUCCGGGAACUCGGGUUUGAGAUACUCAACAAUCUUCAGCAACUCCCUCGAGGGCUGUACAGGCUUACCAACCUCAAGCGAUUAGUGGUCUACGCAUGUCCGACCGUCCAGUCACUGCCCAUUGAUGGCCUCCCGGAAUCACUGGAAGAAUUAUAUGUCCCUGGCUGCGGCAGCGACGAGCUGGAACAACAGUGCGAGGGGUUAGUGGGAACCAUCCCACGCAUCAUACUAUCACCAUAGACUGACCCAAGGCCUCUGCCUUGGAGUUCUCUUGUACAUUCUUCUAGCCUUAUAGAACAGACAUCAUCCUUCAUGCAUCACUACUCACAUAUACAUCGUCCUUGUACAUUCUUCUAGCCUCAAAAUAUCACCACAUAAUAUUCAUUUACUGCGCAGGCCUCUGCCUUGGAGUUCCCUUGUACAUUCUUCUAGCCUUAUAGAACACACAUCAUCCUUCAUGCAUCACUACUCACAUAUACCGUCCUUGUACAUUCUUCUAGCUUAUUAUGUUGACAUCUGCAUCUUAUAGCAUUAUAAUACAUAGAAAUUUGUUGACCUCUACAUCUCGGGAAAACAUUGCACAGAAAUUACCUUUGUUAAGCUUGCCUUGUUGUUUCAUCAGUCUAGUAAGCAGAGCUGGAAAAUACUUUGGUUCCACAAUCUCUCUUAAGGCUUACAGAGGAUCUCCACUUUGUCAGCAUUAAUUUUGUUAAUCUUUAGACUGACUAUAAUUAUUACUAUUUUGUUUGCAUUCGUAUCCGUGACAAAAUUAGUGCAAUUUUGAUCUGACCAGUCAACACUUGAUCAGGAUACUUGCGGUGACAAGAAUUUAGUUGCUGCUGGGUUGCUUACUUGUGAAUCUUACCUAACUAGCGACUGAUUUUUGAGUGCCUAACUCUUAUUGCCAUUUUUCCUACUGUUUCAGAUUCGUAUGUUCGGUGCAGCUAAUAACUGCCAAUUAUGACGUUACUACAGUUUUGUUGAUCAAUCUCAUUGGAAGCAACAGAUCGAACUGGCUAAAAGAUGUGGAUGAGCCAGCAAGUUUCUGCUACUGUAACUCCCACAAAAAAAAAGUGAACCAAACACACCUUCAUUCUUCAGCCCACAACACUGGUGGCUCCUUGAUCGAAAGCCGGUGCGAUUAGAUAACUCCAACCAGGCCAAUCAUUUUUACCUUCGCAUCAUAUACAAGGUUGAAGACAGUGGGGAAAUGAUCAGCGUUUGAUUCACAACGACAGAGGAUGCUGCUCGUCUGGCUUGCCUGAAGUCUAGCGGCUUACUACUGGAUAUGGGCCCUGUUGAAACAAGGUGGAGCGCAUGGGAAAUGGAGAAGAGGUGGACGAGUACCCCCACAUCCUGGGUGCAGAUGGAGGCGGCGAUUGGCAGUUGCAAAAAGUGACGGUCGAAGAGGAGUGCGCCGCAGGUGUAGGAGGAGAAUGAUGGCUAUAAUAUCAUUGGGAGUGCGCCGCAUUUACUCCACUUUGGCAUUUCUUGUAAGGGGAACAGCAAGGGGAGAGUUUGUAUUUCUCUCUCUCUCUCUCUCUCUUUCUCUGAAUCCUCUGUUUCUUCCAGAACAGAAACAGAGUAAGAAAUAAAUGGGUCUGAGACUUCUCCUUCCAGCAACGGUGGGAUGUGUUAGUAGAA